GAAAUGAUCUGUUUCUAGUUGCAGUGCAUGAACUGGGACAUGCUCUGGGCUUGGAGCACUCUAAUGAUCCCACUGCAAUCAUGGCUCCAUUUUAUCAGUAUAUGGAAACUGACAACUUCAAACUACCUAAUGAUGAUUUACAGGGCAUCCAGAAGAUAUACGGUCCACCUGACAGGAUCCCACCACCAACAAGACCUCUGCCAACAGUGCCCCCACAUCGUUCAAUCCCUCCAGCAGACCCACGGAAGAAUGACAGGCACCCUAAACCUCCCCGGCCUCCCACUGGUGACAAACCUUCCUAUCCCGGAGCCAAGCCUAACAUCUGUGAUGGGAACUUCAACACUCUGGCUAUUCUUCGCCGGGAAAUGUUUGUUUUCAAGGAUCAGUGGUUUUGGCGAGUCAGAAACAACAAGGUGAUGGAUGGAUACCCCAUGCAGAUUACCUACUUCUGGAGGGGACUGCCUCCCAGCAUUGAUGCAGUUUAUGAAAACAGUGAGGGGAAUUUUGUCUUCUUUAAAG